AUGUACGUCGACGAGAACCAGAACUUUCGACUCCGGGAUAAAGCGAAAGAAGAGAUGACCUCACUCCCCCUGAUUUCGGCAUACAGUGACAAUAACGUGGAGGAGCUCAUGGGCUUACUCAACUAUCUUUCAUCUUACCAACUUGUAGCUGAUAUAACACAAGGCUCGGGAGGUCGACGCCCAAACUUACAGUAUGAGAUAAAAGAAGCUUCAAAGGAUGAUCAAAACCCUACGCCCUUUGAGUUCGCUCCUAGCUCUGAGAUUGUUGCAAAAGAGGAGUUCCUACAGGAUGUCUUUGUGGACAUCGAUAUCCCCGACCUUCUCGAUCCUAUCAAGAACAACCCUGACUUCAAGAUGAGCGACCGCUUCAAGACGUUCAUCACCAACACUGCGGUGGACUUCCGUGAUUACGAAUUACCGGACUUGACGAGGGAUCCUUCUAAACUAAGAUCCCGGGCGGCCAACCGCGCGGAUGCGAGGCGACCACGAUUCAGUGCCUGGGUGGUGGAAGAGGUUACUAUUACUACUGAAAGACGUAGCAACGGCAGUUAUAUUACUUAUCAGAAUUAG